AUGUCAGAAGGCGGGGAUCUCUUCAACAACGAUCCCUUCUUGUCGCUGGAUACAGAUCUGGACGAUGUUAGCGGUAAGGAUUCUCAGUAAUAAUAUCUUAUAUGACAGUUUGAUACUUUUGUGUGAUGUGUAGUUUGAAAUCAUAAUUGAUGGCAUUUAUUUUUCAGAAGUUAUCAAGAACAUCACCACGGAAUCUAGAGGCUUAUUCGAUGGAAGUCGAACACCAUCUCCUCAAUAUAUGAGGGACACUGAUGUAUAUGCUCAACCUUCGUAUGCCGGGUCUUAUCACAGUGGAUAUAAUGAAGAGAGUUAUGAGGUGGGGAAAACAUUAAUGACAUCGGGAAAUCUAGGGCACUGAGUCUCCAGUUUUAAUGCUUAUCAAGAUGCACGAAGUCUCGUAUUUUACUUUAUUCGUUCUCUCCAAAUCUUCGUAGUUCUCCGAAUUAUUUAUGUCCCAAAACUUUAUCACUUUUCUUAAAGUUGCUAGGAAGUCGAACAAAAAACAUCGCCGCUGUAAACCGUGGUUUUUUCGGCCCUUCGAACGAAAAAAACAAUCAAAGAGGGAGGGGACUAACUUUACUGUUAUCAGCAAAUUGAAGGAGGACCAGAUCUUUUCCUCGAGGCGUCCAUUACUUUUAUUCGCCAGCUUUGAAGUCAAGUCGAAUUUAAAAUUUGCUUCUAGACUUGAUUAAUACAAUUGAAAAUUUUCUGGAGAACUCUUACAAUAACUGCAUUGGCAGUGGCCCUACAACUCUAUUUCCUGUAUUCCACAUUCUUGGGUGUCGUCUACUUAAUUAUCUAACUGAUUGAUUAGCUACAUUGCCAAUAUAACGCCCAAUAUGUCGGUUGUUUUCCAGCCCAUCCAACAACAACCCCAGUAUCAUCACAUGGCCAACAGCGUCGACCAUUACGACCCUACCAAAGCAAGAGAAAUUGGUCAGAUCAUGAUGCAACUACAAGAUCAGCCGUACCCCCAAUUCGACGUUUCCCAGCAGCGACCUUAUUCAAUGAGACAAUCGACCAGUCAAAUGCCCGCUCAGCCUUAUUUCCACGGAAAACAAGAGGCUUAUGUUCAGAUGAUUGAUGAACAUCAAAAUGGAAGGCCGUAUGGAGAGGAGAAGAUGGAUUUUGAUAUGAAUCAGGAAACUUCCGGGGGAUUCAUGGGAUAUGCAAGCGAUGGAGCGUUUGAUUACUCAAAUUACGAUAGACAUCAACACCAAUAUGCCGAGAUGAAUGGAAUCCAGAGAAAUGGAAAGACUUAUGCAGCACCAAGGACAACCAGAGUGCACUCUCAAUCUCAAGAUAACAUUACGAUUGCUGCUUACACCCAGAAUCAUGAACCCCAGCCCUCUACUUCAACCAAACAUGAACUCAUCAAAAUGCUUUUGGAAAUGACUCCGGAUGAUGUAAGUAAAAUUAAAAUCUUAUACUUUCAAAAACCGCAGGGCCAUACAGUUUAAUUAUACAAAUUUCAGUUGGAAAACCUCCGAAAGCAAAAGUCUUCUCACCACUCUAGUCCCCAAUCUUCUUUCCAGGACAUCAGUAUCAAAACUGCUGAACCAAUAUCGCCCACUCCAGCUGAUCCUGCAAGAAAGUCUAGCCAACAAAGCCUCGCGCAACUUCCACAAGUGCCAACCACAUCCAGCUUCUACUCGAGUCCUGGCUCUGGAGAUAAUGUAAGUUUACUGUUGCAGAAAAAAGCUGCGUAAAUUUUUCUCACAAUCAGCUCUCUACUGGUGGGAAAGGUCAUUUACCGUAUUAAUAAUAAGUACAAUCGUCAGUCUACCACCCAACGUGUUCUGAAUUUAGUCACAAAUUUGAUUGAUAACCUACAAUAUUUAAUCCCAACUAAACCCAGACAUGAGGUUAAUUUAAACUGUAUCUAUAACAAAAUGUAAGACUGAUAAAACAUAAUCUACAGGCAGUAGACCUUGGGUGGUCGAGUAUGAGUAAAAGGUAAUGCCCUCAGGCAUUUGUACGGUGUAGUCUGUGAUUUCAAUUUUCAAGGGCAAAGUGCAAUUGAGAAAGGAAAAGGAGCAAAGGACAGUUUUAAUUCUUUGUAAACAAACUUGCAGAAUCACUGUAACUGAUAAGAAUUUACAACCCUGAUAGACGGCUUAUGACAUUUUUAUGACCGCACUUUUACUACAUAUUUCGAUGUUACGAGUUAUGCGUUUAAUUUACGUUGUUGCAGAUUUCUGUGACCUCGCCCAGUUACGGGAGUCCUAAAUCCAACUCAAUUGAUAACAGUCCUCAAGGAGACAGUGAUAAUGAUGACAUGGAUAUGAUGGGAACAUCGAUGAGGAGAGGCCCCAAAACUGAGAGAAGAACGGCUCACAAUUUGAUUGAGAAGAAAUAUAGAUGCUCAAUCAACGAUAGGAUCACUCAUCUCAAAGAUAUGUUAGCUCCAGAGGAAGCCAAGGUAGAGUUGAACAGAAAUUUGAACUUCAACUGUUAAUUUUUUUAGUUGAGCAAAUCUGCGACUCUCCGAAAGGCCAUUGAACACAUAAGUGCCCUGAGGCAACAAAAUUUGGACCUCAUGCAAGAGAAUGAACGCCUUCGGUCGGCUCUUCAACAGAUUGGUGGCGAGUUCUCUGCUCCGAUGAAGUACUCCCCUCAACGAGACGGCAAGAAUAGUCAGGUCUGGUUACCGCUCUAUGUAAAUGCCCUGAGGGGUGGUGUUGGUUUGAGUGCAAUUGUUGGUGACAACUGAGUUGUUGUUUUUUAUACAAAUUUUAAUAUCCUUUAUCAGUCGCUUUUAUACGACUGAUUUAUCCGGUUCGACUUACUAUCAUAUCAGCGUUUUAUUCACAUAUCCCGAUGAUUCUUACAGUACUGUUUAAGCCAGUAUACAAUAAAGUGGCAUUUGCAUUCUAAUUCUAUUUUCUUCUGCAUGUUUCUAAAAAUUAUAUACUUCAUGAGUCUUCGAACUAAUAAAGGGGCAAUAUUCUCAUAUUAUACAUGAUGAUGAUAUAUGUAUGCAAUAAAGACUGAACUAACCAUGAUCCCUCUUAUUUAUAUUUUGUGCAAAUGUGGAUAAAUACAAAUGGCGUAUUUUUUACUAAAUAAAAUGCAAAAUGCAUUAACUUCUUGUAAGGUUUUGAGGACCAAAAGUGUCGUACUUUGUCCACAUUUGCAUAUAAUCUUGACAGUUUAUGAUGUAAUUUAUGUUAAUUGCACUCAACCAACACUAUUCACCAUUUGUGUUUACCAUUUCUCGCUUAAAGUUCAUUAUUUUUGUCAAACUGUCGUAGUAAUUGUUUUAUUUUCAGAGUUCCGAGUCAUCUUCCGCCAAAAAGAAGCCAAUGCUGGAUCGCUCCCGGGUCAGCUUAUCAGUGUUUAUGCUCGUUUUCCUCACCUACAACCCCCUUUCCUUUGUCGUAUCCACCGAACCCCUUGGUACUCCUCUCCGCAACAUGACUUCUGUCUACCAUCGAACACUAAACGAUGUGUCAUAUCAAGAACAACCACCGUCAACGUUCUGGGAACGUACUUUCACUCAGCAUGCAAUUAUAUGGGCCGUAAAUGCGGCAAUUGUUUGUGCAAUACUAACCAAAUUACUCGUGUAUGGAGAGCCCGUAGUAGAUAGAAGUUUGCCGACUUGGAAGAUAUUUGUGGAGGCAAAACGACAAGCUCAUGAUGCUAUAGCUGCAUGCAAUUAUAGGGAGGCGCAGAGACAAUUAGUGGAUGCUCUUCAUGUAGGUUAUAACACACGGAAAUUUCGAUCAGCUGGAAAAGAAAUUGUGCACGUUAAGGACUGCUUUUUUAAUUCCAAGCAACGCUUUUUUUAGUUAUUUGGUCGAUAUGUUCCUACAGCUGGUGGAUUUGAAGAAUGGGUAUCCCUUUUUUGGCAAUUAAUUCGCCACGGGCUUAACGGAAUUUGGGUAGGAAGGUGGUUUGCCCGGAGGCGGAGAUCAAAGACCAUGCCUCCACCAGCCGUGUGUAAAUCCCACGCAACUACGGCCUUAGUUUAUCACGAAUUGCAUCAGGUAAGGGUCGUCUCGUCAUAGUUCUAUUAGUUUUAGCUUCAUCUAAUUGGAAUUGACGAUGGAGGAAAUGGAAAACUCUCUGGUUUAAACCUUGCUUUGGCAACGGUAAACCUCGCUGAAUCUGCCGGAAUAUCUUCAGACGGCAUCACUCAUCGGCAACGUGCUGAUAUCUACAUCCACGCAGCAUUAAGAGCCAAACUGAGUCUCCCCAAAUGGCUGUCCCGUCUGUGGUCAUCGUAUUUUAUGAGAAGAGGCAGACGUCAUCUGCGGAAGAGCAGUACUGUGGACAAUGUUGAGAUGAAGUCCUACCAAUGGCUCUUUCAUCCGCUGGCCAAACGAUUUCUCGCUGAUCCAACGGCGUUAAAAGAGGUGCUCGAGAACUCAAGACAGUCCAUUCAUUACCCGUUCUCCUGCAUUCAACCUUCACGUGAGUUCCUUGAGGGUUUGAUAAGAAAACAUUGCAUAAUUUUCACAAAUGGAGCAAACUUGUUUAGCAAAUAGCGAUAAAAAGUUCAAAAAAGUCAUAUAGCUUGCUAAAAAUAGCAAUUUUAUACAACUCUUUCCAAAGCUUUACAGUAUUAUGCGAAAAAAUAAUAAACCAAGAUCUAUGCAAAUUAAAGACCAGAAACUUUUAGCUAAGCCAAUUGAACGCCUAACCAGUGCCUUCAAGAUGCAUCUUUUGGCCUUGCUCGUAAAUCAGCUCAACUCUAUCAGUGGCGAUAUUAAUUUGACUGAUUUUGUGGAGAUUUCCCAUUUAUUGCUCAGCAUUUCGACGGCGGACAAUUGCGAAGCAAAAGUGCGUGAACAUUCCGUUGAAGAAGGGGCUGAAGUACACAUGAACAACAAUGGUAAGACUUGACCACAGUGAUAUUUUGACGUCUUCAUUUGCGAAGUCAAAUAAAUUUAGGGUUGUUCUUCCAUUUUUAGCUCGUAUUUGUUUACUUUUCUAAUAUACCCAAAGGCGCGUGGAAUGCACGCAGAAAUUCUUAUCAAUUACUUUAUUUGAAAAUCAAAAAAGAUAUUAACGUUCCUUUAUCGCCAAUGAUAUUGAACUUGCAUCAUUCGUCGACUUUUGGUCUGGACUGUAAAACCAUGAAAAAAUAAUUAAAAGAAUUUUGUAAUUACGUAAUAACACAACAAAAUUUAGGCCAAAAGAUGAACACGAAUUGGGAAGACGUUCCCGUUGGAAGGGGAGAUCCUCUGAUAGUCUGGUGGACUCAUCUCGUCAGUUGUGGAUUAUAUUGGAGACAUGGCGAUUUCGGAAGAGCUCAGACUCAUUUCUCUUUGAUUAGGAAAUGUCCGCCUCCGUUAUUGCAGUGGUAAGUAAAUAAAAGUUACAAAAAAAGAAAAGCAUUGUCUCAAAAAGAUAAAUCCAAUUUGGUUUUCAGCGAACUGGCGUUGGGCGUUGGAAUGGCAUUUUGCGCCAGGAAAAUCUGCAUGAACGAUAGACACAAGAAGAAUUUCUCGGAUAUGGUCUGGCUUCAUGUGAGAAAAUCAUACGAACAUAUGCACAAAGAUGAUCCGCCGAACAUAAGGACUUCUUCUAAUAUGGUCGUCGCUUUGAAUGUAAGCUCUUUCUCAUAGCCAGCCAUCCCAAGCGUCAUCAAAAACAUGAAUGACUUUCAGCAUCUGAUCCAUUGCCUUACCUACGAGUGGUGCCUAACCAGUCUCAUAGAUGUGUGGCAUAUGAAUCUGAAAUCCGACAAGCCGUUCUGGGAACAACAUGCCCCAAAUCAGCUUCGCCAAUUGUACCAAGACCUGUUGUUUUCUUACAAAACAUUUGGCCGGAAGAGUUCUUAUCGCUUGAAAUUCCUUGUAUUCAAGGUGAUCGGCCGAUUACUUUGUGGAGCCAAUCCACUGACGACCUGGCGAUUACUCACAAAACAUUGUCGAUUCUUGGUCAGUCAAGACGAUGACAAUGUUUCGUUUGAUAUGAGUGUGCAGUUACAAGUAGUGAAGAGACUACGAAGCGACAUUCGGAAUAUUUGCAAUGCCAAGAGCUUUUGA